CCAUCUGCGUUCUUUUACGGGAAGUAAUCAUUUGACAGGAAAAAAAAAAUCGGAUUAACUGGAAAACUUCAGCUGGAUUUCUAUGGAUGACGUCUUGACAUCUAAGGCUAAACAAAAAACAACAACAAAUAAACAAACAAACAAACAAAAAAAGCUAUAAGUGCAUCACAGAAGAUGAGGAACUAAUUAAGACUCACCACAAUUUGAUGUAGCCUAUAAACUGAAGAACUUCAUGUGGGAUGCAUUUCCGCCUGUUUUGAGGCUGUUAAACCAGACAGUGGAACGCAUGAUUUUUACAAGAAACUUCUGAUGUAAAGAGCAGAUGACCAGUAAGGAAGCUGAACAAGAAAUCUGCAGUCUUCUGUUCUGUCAACUAACUGCAAAAACUACCAACAGCCUUGUUGCAAGUUGAAUUACUUGCAAAUAUUGAACUUUUCAUUCAGCUGACUAAAUGUGAUCUAACCUGCUCUCAAAGAAAGCUUGAUUUCACAGUGGAAGCAGGUUGUCUCUGACAUAAAGAGAUGAAACGAGAACGUUUUAAGCCCCCGGAACCAGAUGACCCUCUGUGCUGCUGUGGAGACAUCGACCAGCAAAGAGAUUACUGCUGCUGUGACUGUGAAGAACUCGAUGAUGCCUGUGAAAGGUUAGUCAGAGGAGAGCCAGACAAGCCAGACAUCUUCUCUCGUUUCAUCUCUUGUAUGGCUGAUCGUUUGGGUUUGCCAUGUUGUGCCAUAGGACCCCUUCGAUUGGAAAUCUCUGUCUUACCUCCCAUGGUAUUAAUUCCUGGCCUGUUGCGAGUAGCAGCAAUUAACUGUAUGUUGGGAGUUGUAGUCUUAACUGUCCUACCAGGACUGGUGCUUUGGUAUUACUACGUGACUCACAGAAGGAAAAGACGCACAUUGUUUUUCCUUAGCUUGGCACUUUUCUCCCUUGCCUACAUGUACUACCUUUUCCUUACUGAGAUAGUUCCCAGAGGAGACGUCAGUAAUCUGCAGCUGGUUACUGUGACGACAGGCAUGAUGUUGACGCUUAUCUCCCUUGUGCGCACCAAACAAGGACCAGGCUUUGUCAAAUCCCAAUCAUUAGCUCAGGGAAUUAACAGUAUCUGUACAACCAAUCAGAGCACAAACAUACCUGGAGACUCCGCCCCCUGCAAAGGAAUCAGCCAGUCAAAUGGGGAAAAGGAAGGAAAGAAGAAGUUAUGCCUUGUGUGCCUACAGGUGCGCCCACCAAGGGCAGGGCACUGCAGGAUCUGUGGGGCAUGUGUCCUUCGAAUGGACCACCACUGUGUUUGGAUAAACAGCUGUGUAGGUCAAGCCAAUCACAGGCAGUUCAUUUUGACGCUCCUUCUUUUCCUGGUGACAUCAUUCUACGGGAUCAGUUUGGUGUUACGGAGUGUAUGUCCACGACAGAGUCUAUUCACAGCCAUGUUAUACUGCCCUGGAGUCUAUAACCAAUACAGCACAGCGCUGUGCUUUACAUGUGUGUGGUACAGCGUUAUCAUAACAGGCGGUCUGCUCCACCUGUUCAUCCUUCAGAUCAUCAAUGUCAGUUACAACGUAACAGAACGUGAAGCUCAGAUUGCUUUGCACAACAAAACUGGCAGACGGCGCUUCUGUGGCCUGGUUGUGGAGACUGGCAUGUAUUCACGAGGCUUCCUCCAGAACUGGAUUCAGUUCCUCACAAUGAACAUGGAUGAGAACGGUUCCCCUUUCACCUUCACAGUCAUGGUAUGA